AAAUUGUUGCAUUAAAGCGAGAAAAUUUCCGCGGCUAAUGUUGUUUUCAAUUCUUUUUUUUAAAAUGAAACUUUUAGUUGUAUGAAAUAUCGCUUUAAAAUCUGUUAGAUUUCAGUAACAUAGGCUCUUGAAUUUACUAAAACAGAAAUUUCUUUAUGUGAUUGAUUUGAAAUCAUAACUCAAUAUGUAUCUUUUUAAAACUAGAUGCUUUUUAAAGCCGUUUAAUUCUAUGAUAUUGAAAUAUUCUCUUUUUUAAUCUGCGUAUUACUACUAUUUAUUCUGUAUAAGAUGGCUGUUAAUGUGACAAGUGCAAAGCAAUGGCUAAAAAUACCACUUAAUUAUUCUUCAGCCAAUGAUGAAUUCAAAAAUUUCAUAAAACUUAUAAAGACUUCUCCAGAAUCAAUAAAAUCUGAGCUAAGCAAUUACUUAUAUCCUUUCUUUGUGUACAUUUACAUGACUCUACUACAAAAUAAUAAAGUAGAUGAAGGGCAGCAGUUUCUGUUGACAUAUUCACCUCUUUUUUCAAAUGCUGCUGGUUAUGCAAGUGUGUUAAAAGCUUUGCAAGAUUUCAGACACUUUCAUGAAUUUGAAAAUCAUACAUAUUUCAAGCAGUUUUGUGAAAGCAAGUAUAUUGUCAAUUCUACGGAAGAAUGCUUUUCUAAAGUAAAAUCUUUUUUAGAGGAAAUAAAGAGUCAAAUUUUGAUCACUAUAGUUAGACUGCACAUUCAUAACAAAGUGAAUUCUCCGCAAAAUAUCCAAGAAGGCAAAGAAUUGAAGUCCGAUAACAUUGAGAAAUCUUCUAGCUAUGAAGCUGAAUAUGAUGUUUCCACAGUAGAAUCAGAAAUAAUGAAAUUCAAAUCUGUUGUAAAAAGUUUGAAAGGAAAUUUGUGUAAACCAAUUAGUUAUACUUACAGAAUUUUGACACAAAAGAAAAGUCUGUGUGCCGUAGAUGUUAAUGCCAGCAACACUUUACUAGCAUGUGGCUUUGAAAACUCUGAACUUCAUUUAUGGGAUCUAACCAAAGAUUUUUUGAAAAUAAAAUCAGAAGGGAAAAAAUUAGUUCCUGUAAAGGUGGAUUCCGGAGAAUUUGAGAAAUUUUUAUCUUGUGAUAUUUCUGUUGAGAAAGUUUCGAAUAUGGGCUCAAAUAGAUUACUUCAUGGUCAUACUGGCUCAGUAUUUGGAUUAGCAAUCACACCUGACAGCACUGUUUUAUUGUCCUGUUCUGAGGAUUGUACUGCUAGAGCUUGGAAUUUAGUUGAUUUUAAAAAUUCAGCUGUUUAUUCAGGACAUAAUCAUCCAAUAUGGGAUAUUGCAAUGAGUCCUGAUUCAGCAUAUUUUGCAACUGCUUCAAAAGAUGCACGUAUGUGGAUGUUUGAGGAAAGCGAACCUUUAAGAAUAUUUGUCGGGCACACUGGAGAUGUUGAAUGUAUCACAUUUCAUCCAAAUUCAAAAUACAUUGCUACCGCUUCAACUGAUAAGACUCUUCGACUUUGGACUACACAAGAUGCUCGAACUGUGCGAAGUUUUGUUGGCCAUGAAGCAUUUAUUAGCUCAAUAGUUUUCUCACCAAAUGGAAAACACUUAGCAUCAGCUGAUGAUAAUGGUUUGGUUAAGAUUUGGGAUUUAAGUUCUGGUCUAGCAAUGAAAGAAUUCAAACCUCAUAUUGGCCGGAUAUUAAGCAUGAGUUAUAACAGAAAUGGCACACUGCUAGCAACUGGAGGCUGUGAUAAGUAUUUAAAAGUUUGGGAUGCUCUCCAUGGUACUGUUGAAGGAACUCCUGAUAAAACUGUUGACAAAAAUAAUUCUGAAGAAGGUUCUGUGAAGUUAGUGGAUACUCAUUUUAUUGAUUCUAAGCUGCAUUGUGUCAAAUUUUGUGAAAGGAACCUUCUUGUUUCAGUAUCUUCUAAAUAACUGUUUUGUAGGAAAAUCAACCCCAUCGCCAUUCUUGCUGAUUCUUAUGUAAAAUGCCCUUCUGAAACCUUAUAUGACCGCAAUUUUCUAGAGACCCCCAUAUGUUUAUCACUUUUCAUUAAAUUUAUGGCUGUGAAUAUGAUUUGUAUUUGGAGAAAGAUUUGAUUUAACUGUUAAAUUUCUUCUGUGGGUUCAGGUAGGUAAAAAGUUCUAAAACAUGCAACAAGGGAAACUAAAGCAAAGUCUGCAACCUGUUGAAAAAUUAUGUGAAAAAUUAUUAUUUUCAAUUUUUUCUCAUUUUCUACAUAUUUUAGUUCAUAGUCCCCUACACCUUUUUUUCCCCAAACACCUGAGAAUGAUAAAAUUAUAUAGCCACAAUUUUGACUAAAAGCAUAUGAGGUGGAAAAUAUCACAAUUACCAACUAAGAAAAUGUUGGAGAUUCACUGUAUGUCAGUUAUGAUAGAUUAUAUUCUUAUUUUUAAAUUAAUGAGUUAAUUCUUUCCUCUAUUCUAAAUCAAUUUCAUGGCCAUGAAGGCCUUUCUAAAAAUAAAAAAAAAGAACACACACACACUUGGCAAGUGAGCAAAAUGUGGAUUAUUAUCUGAUUCAGAAUGUUAUUUUACAUAAAUAUCAACUAAAAUUGUGCCAGAACUAAAAAUGAAAAAUUUCUUUAUUCGGAGAAGUCAAACCUAGCUAUUGCAUUAAUUUUUUGUGUUGUAAAUAAUAUUAUUUAAAAUCAGGAGCUUGUUAAGGAAUAAUAUGUGAUAUUCUGCUAUUAUAAAUAGCUUGUAAACAUUAUAAGAUGAGAGAAUAAAUAUAAAAAGUCAGUUAUGUAUGAAAUUAAGGUACAUAGAAAAUUGUAAAAUUUAUUAAUCAGUUGUUAACAGCAUUUAUGCCUUUUCACUUUGUUGUUUUAUGUUGUUAUCUGUCUAAAAUCUAUUGUUUGUAUUCAAAAUAUUUAAUAUACUUAAGUGUAGGAAGUGUUCAAAAGUUUUCAAUUAUAUUUUAAAUUCUAGUAAAAAU